AAAUAAACUAACCUCCGAACCAGAUUUGUUUCUGUGUAAACGCGCAAUCGCAAUCCCGAUCUCGAUCAUCACGAAAAUUACCAUUAAGUAUGUAAAGGCAAAUACCAAUUGCAAUUGCAGCGAUGUACAACACUUGUUGACAGCCACAGCGAUAAUCCUCAUCUACCGUAACGCUAUCCAUUUUUUGGUUGGAGCAACUAGCUUCUGUAGACGAGCAGUAAUAACUACAGUACAGUACUACUACAACUCCUCUAAGAAAAUAGUAAAGAAAAAAGCGAUGUGGAUGUUGGCAAGACAAAGGUUGACUUCUUUCUCGAAGAGCUUUGCCUAGAUGAAACGGGUGUACUUCACCAGUAUCUUGGAGCGCCCACAAGCACGACCCGCAGGCUGACGACUGGUUUCCGAGCGGUCUACUGACUAACGACCUCUGGUUGACAACUACGCCAAUCUCGAUUUUUAGUUGUAGUAAAUCUAUCAACCUACAGCCGCUUUCCUAUCUCACCCCAGAACCUCCCCCGCAGCGUCUGUUUAGUAACACUACACCUACAGAAGAGAUAUCCCUGAAGAACACUCAACAACCACUGUAGAAAAAUCCUCACCCACGACAUCAACAUCGACCGGCAAGAACAUCAGCACUUACCGCUAUCUCGUCGAAAUUUUUUCCUUUUAGCGAAACGAGGACAAACCCAGCACGGCACUGAGUGAAGAAAAAUGUCCAGUAGAAGCCACACGGACAUGCUGAAGGCCAGACUGGCGGAGAAAAAGCGGGACGAAGAGAACCGGAUGAAGAACAAGCACGGCACGGCCAAUGGCACCGGCGGGGAUCGGCGCGACCGCGACCGGGGAGCGCAAGACCGCGACCACCGUGACAUGCGGGACCGGGGCCGCAACACCAGCAACCGAUCUCCCGUCCCGGAAAAGCGGACCGGCUCCAACCGCGACCACGAUAACCGGGAAGCGAAAAUUCGGCGCAAGGACCAGGAGAUGAAUAUGCAGCAAGCUUCUUUGAAAACGAAAGACGGCCAGACGGCCAAGGAACACCAACAGAAGGAGCGCAUGCGGCAGCGCGAACAAAAUAAGGUACAGCUGGUCCCUUUACCACCUAAGAAGUCCUCGUCCUCGUAUAACAGGGACAAUUUCGAUGAACAACAGGAGCAGCCUUCUGGUCCUGCUAGUAGCAAGAGGGAGUACAGCAACAGUGCGCGAGGUGGUGGUCUCUUGCCGCUACCGCCUAAAAAUGAUGUGAUUGUGGCUGCUAGUGCUGGAAAUGGCCGCGGAGGUAGUGCGACGACCCCCGGUACUAGAGGAGGUGUCGCCCCCCAACAUUUUGUUGAUCAAUCGAGGGGGCCAGAAGCGCAACGUGUGCGAGACGUUGAUAAUGUUGGCAUGGGCAGUAGUAGUGUAGCCACUGGUAAAGAUGCAAGCAACACGAACUCGAGUACUAUGGCUUUCAAUGCAAGAACAAGUGGUGUUGGGAGUAGAGCGGGGCGCGGGCCGUUCUUGCCAUUCCGAGCACCAGCAGACUACAGAAGACCUGUUAAUACCAAGUUGCAUUUUGCAGAUACUACAGAGCAAGAAUCUUCGAGUGGCUCUGAAUCAUCUCUUCAACAAGAAGUAUCGUGUAUGACCACCACAUCUCAGGACGCGGGCGUGAUGUCGCGAGAGAAAGACCGGGAGCGCGAGCGCGAGCGGGCAACGGAGCGGGAGAAGGACCGAGGAGAGCGCGGCGGGGGCGAUAAGCAGGACAACAACUUUAUCCGCGGUAGCAAGAAGGAGGAGAAACCCAACAAGGCGCCGGACCACUACAUUACGGCGAAACAGAGCGACAAAGACGUCCGACCCACGUCCAUGGUGUCGAAUCGGGAGGUGCGCGAGCGGGAAAUAAAUCGGGACAAGGACGCCCGGAAUACGACCACGUCGAAUCAAGGAACGACUUCAACCGGAGGCGGGUUGGUCAUGAAGUCCAAGUCCGAAAAGGAGAAGGAAGAGAAGCGGGCGGAGCGCGAACGGGAGGCGGCGCGGGGCGAACGCGAACCACGAGGAGACAGGGAGCAGAGGGACAACAAGGACCACAGCUACCGGCGCGAGAUGAACAACGAGCCGAAGGAACAGCACCAUCGGGGAGAAAAAGACCGAAGCCGGAACAAGGAGGGUAGCAAGGAAAAGGACAUCGCGGAGCAAAGAAGCGGGGACAAGGAACACGCUAGUGGUGUCUCCUCGAGGGAACACAAGUCAAGCAAACCGGUGGCUGAGGAGGAGAAGAAGCAGCUCCGGGAACGGGAUCGAGAACCCACGAAGGACCGAUCAGACCGUGUUGAGCGGGAGACAACCCGAGAAAAGGAUCGGGAAAACACGGAAAAAAGCAAGGCCAGUAAACACGCGGAUAAAGAAAUGAAUCGAGAUGUUGACAAGUCCGCGGGACGAGACCGCCCAAGUCAAAGUAAAAGAGUAGAACGAGAGACGAGUGGUAAAAGCAGCGGAAAUAAAGCUCCCGAUGAAGGUGCGAAUACGAAUGCCAACGCCAAGGUAGAUCAGCAGCAGGAUCAAGCAAAGAAAGACAAAAAACCGGACCAGGCUGGAGCCACUCCAGCAGCUGCGACAGCAGCUGGAAAGGACGGCGCUGCACCUGCAGCCGCAGCGACAGCAAUUGGCAAAGAAGCCCUCAGUGCGGAGCGGCGAAAGCAGGUGCUAGAAAAAGUCAUCAACGCUGCGAAGGAUGGCGUAGUCGAAUUCAAAUCGGGCUUCGAGGAUUUCGCUGACAAAGUCAAGCGCGCCAGCAGGGAUUCGGAUCCGAAGAAAAGGGAGGUCGCGGAUAAAAAAGCCGAGUUUCAAAAGAUCAAUGAAAAGCUUACGGGCGUCCACGCAGAGGUACAUUUGAAGUAGAUGCUGGCUUCCUCCUUUUUUAUGUCGGUACCUACUACUAGUAGCACAACUUAAGAUUCGUAUGCUGGCAUGUACUGAUUGCGAAUGCGAUUGAAUCUCGUUUUCAGAAGUUGCAGGCCUUGUGAAGAUAAUCUUUCACUUCUUCAAAACUAGUCAGUCGAACAAAUUGAAAGAAAAGCCUACCUCUCGUUUCCUUCUUUACCACAGUGCGAGACCAAGUUGAACAAAGUGAAGACAAAUGCGGAGAAGACAAAGACCUACAAAGACUGGACGUUGGAUCAAGUAAAGCCGAGCCAAAAAAUCUUUGACGACCUCACGACGCAGUGGAAAGACCUUCAGCGCAAAUGGCCCAAGGUGAUCCGGGAACUGGAGAAAAAAAUCGAAGAGACCAGCUACCGGGCCUUCGGCCUCGGGGAUUUGGAAAGGUACUAGCAGUGCGGUAUUUGAAAUUGAAAGAUCUUGCUGUGCUGAUGGUUUUUUCUUUUUUCGUCUUCUGUCGUGUCGUUGUAUCCCGCCCAUGCUUGUUUGAAUGUUGAUGUUUUUUGUUUGGUACAGACCACGACAGAAAUCGGAAUGCUUAAUACAUAGAUAUCUCCGCGUCGACCCCGAGGAGGCCAAGAAAGCGAAAGAGAAGGCCGCUGCUGAAGAGGGCAAGGAGCAGCAAAAGAAGACGUUACGUGAUGGCACGUGGAAGUACCCUCCACAUUUACUGAUCACGCCCGGUAUGUAUUUCGGGGAGUGGCGCGAGGAUCUCGAGCACGUACUGGGUCCCAAGCCCGAGCCCAUUCCGGACUACCCCUUGCCGCAGGUGUCGCUCCAAGCCUUUUUGAAGCGGGAGAAGAAAAUCGAGCGGAAAAAGAAAGAGAAAAAGCUCCAGCUGAAGAUGGGCGUCGAGGCAUUCAACAACUUCAAGACCGUUCUCAAGCAGAAAAAGAUGAAAAAGUUGAAACUCAAAGCCCUGCAGAAGAAAAAGAAGCUGGCGAAAAAGGAGCAAAAGCUCGGCUUUGGCGCCUUCAGCAAAGCGCUCACGGGACACAGCCCGAAUCUACCACUGCAAAUAACCGGUGCGCAACAACAAGCCGGUGACGUGACCAUGGACGUCGAUCCGGCAACAGCCGCCGCUGCGGGUACUAGCAACCAGCUUCUCGGAGACGACGAGGAAAACAACGGUGCAGCCGCGGUCGAUGCCCUGGGUGACGGCGCAACGCCGAUGCUUCGCAAGGCGGAGGUGGGAGGUCCGCAGAAGAGAAAGAAGCAUCCAAAGUUCAAUGGUGCCAUCAACUACCGGGAGAUAGAGCUUCAGUCCGACAACGAGGGUGACAGCAAGGCCAAAAAUAAGCGAAAAGAAGAUGAGGAGAAAAAGGAGGCCAAGCUCGUGGAGCAGGACGACAACGAGGGCGGUGAUGCGACAAAGAAUUCGCGAAGGACGGACCGGGACCGCGGUGCGGACCGGGAGAAGGAGCGAGAGAAGGAAAAGGAAACUAGGAGCAGAGACCACAAGGAAAGCAACCGCGACCGGAAAUAAAAAGCCACUGUAUUAUUUGUGCGGCUUGUUCUCUGUGUAGAAGCUGAGUGCACGUUAGUAAAGCUGCAGGAGGCUGUAACUUUGUGUAUCAAAGGCGACGAACGAUUCGACUGUGCUUUCACUUCUCCUCGACAACUGCUCUGCGGUACUACGAAAGACACCGCAGUCGAGAAAGUUCAUUCGGAACUGCGUCCGAUUUACACCGAAUUGGAGACCGAGCCGAGACGGCGAGAAAAAUCACAGUCGUGGUAAAAAAUUUAGAUGAUCUGACUUUGCGACAAACGAAGGAUUAAGCUCAAGAAGCGAGAAGGGCAGCGAAGAACCUUCGACAAGAACCUUUAGCAAGAACUAACAAGAGCAGGAGCCACAUCCACAUGUUCAGCAGCACCACCGGUUUAGGAUAGAGUCGUGUUUUCUGCUUCCCUCCGUUUUUAUGCUGCGUCCGCGUACUGCUCAGUCACAGUCUUCCCACGCAACUGUGUUGAUGCUGUGCGUCUCACCUACCUUGGAUCAUGCUCUACUAUGUUCCAGGAAUGGCUCGGCGCUUCUACUUCUAGCCUCUUCCCGGGGCGGAACGCGGGAACCGCAGUGCCACGGC